CGGCGGAGCGAUAUACGCGUCUCGGAUUAUAAUUUAGAUCGCUCGCUCCUUAUCGUCGAGUUUCUGAACGCUUCCAAAUUCCUAACUCAUACCGCGUAACCAUGCAUUUGAGGGCUCAUCAUUAAAUCAUUUCGUUCCUAGUUUUACCAGGAACGACAAAGAGGAGGUGAGGGGGCGACGGGGUCACUGCUUACCGCACUCAAGUAUCAUCAAGCGAGUUCAACUCAAAAAGCACAUCUACAUGUCAUCUAUCUCCUCGACUGUGUGUAGGUGUUCUGUUGGCCGAGAUCGCAAUAGUUAAGGCCGAGUUUAUUGUCGAGAACUCACUACUCGGACGACCCUGGAAUACAUUUUAUUCCGGACACCUGUGAGCAAUUCAGGCGAAGCGCAAGAAGACAUGUCUGCUCAGAGAACUGAUCGCAAAAACAUUUCCAAAGCACAAAUCAAACCUUUGCUGAAACGAGUCUCACGGGAUGGUUCAUCGUCUACGUCGAUUGACCUCUCGCGGCACUCGUUUGAACAGGAGGGACUAGGGAUUUACACAGAUGACAAGGGCACAGAGUUAUACACCAACUUUCCGACCAGGAGGAAACUAUCCGACUUGCACCGUCGAUCUACGAGCGGAACCUCUCAGCUUUCCACAGCUAGCAGCUCGAGUAUGGGCAAACCAGGCUCGCAGUAUGUCCAUCCGAUGCGCCGCGCUCCGCGCGCGUAUACUCCUCCUUUAUUGACACAAAGCCAAACUUCCUAUUUUGAGGGUCACCCUCAUCAGGAAGAUUCGGAGUAUGCAAAUGAUUCCGUGUCUUCAGGGCCCAAGCCACGCUUGUCAUUGCAUUUCCCGGACACAACAUUUACUCCAGGGGCGUCACAGACCAAUGUAACCGGCCGCGCGUCUUUCGGAUAUUCACGAGAAAACGCCAGCACGUUAGAUACAACAUCGCCCACGUCCCGUUCGUCUCUAGAUUUUGUCUUUCGCUCCAGAACAAGGACGAGCAUGGACCCUGUGUCUCGAGCAGCCACAAUCCAAGCAGCACGCCAGGCGUUUGAAGAAAAGGAAGCGGCCAAGAAUAGGAAAUUCGAAGAACAGCGUAUCAAAGCAGAAGAGAGGCAAACAAAACGGAAAGAGAGGCAAAGUCACCGAACGUCAAUCAAGGACGAUAUACGGGAGAAGAGUUGGGGUCUUGAUCCUGAUGAUAACCAUGGCCCGCGUCGGACCACAGAACAAUCUACCCCGGGGAGCUGGAAAUCCCAGUCAAAAAGCACUUGGAUGCUUUUCCUUACUUGGCUGCGAACUAGGAUAUUCAAGUUCAGAAGGAAGCCGCACCGGAAAAUCUAG